AUGUUUUCUUUGAGAAUCUCAUUUUUGAUUUUAACUCUUAUUAUUGCAAGUUCUGGCCUAGACUUAUGCAAACAAUAUCAAACAUAUCAAUAAUGUAUAGGUGGGGAUUCUGAUAAAUGUAUGUGGGAUAAUAUUAGACAUCUUUGCUAUAAAACAAAUGAUUAUUUAUAAGGAUGCAGUCAAUUAUUAAAUAAAAAAGCCUGUCUAAGAUAGAUUGGUGAUGUGUUUGGAGAACUUGCAAAAUGUAUGAUUAAGAUUAAAUUUAGGUCGUUUCACAUCUGUUUGUGAAGAAAUCCCAGACUUAAAAACCGAAAAGUGUUACAACAAUUUAUCAAAAUCAGGAUGUUUAUCAGUAUAAAAUCCUGAAUUUGUAUGUAUUUGGAAAAAUGAUGAAUGCACUAGUUUAGGCGCUUCUUAAUGGAAUUAAAUUUAAGAUGACUUUGAUUCAGUUUUGUAUAGUGCAUCUGCUUGUCCACAUAUACAGAAUUACUUAGUUAUGCACCAUACUAUAAUGUGGAAUUUAAUAUCAUAUUCACCAGAUUUGUUAACUGAAGCUGAUAAUAUAUAUAAAAAAGAAUUGGGUAUUGAAAUAGAUGAUAGUAUAUAAUAUAAUGAUCCAGCUACUGUGUCUAUGCAAAAUAAUUAUAUUAUGAGUAAUGGAAAAUUUGCAUGGUAUACGAUCAGAGAAUCCAAGUCAAUCACUCAAUCUAAUUGUAUUUAAAUUACCUAAUAAAAUAGUAUAAAAGAGUCAUAGAAAUAGGGAAGGAUGUAUAGCUUUAGAAAUAGAAAGUGAUAGUGAUUUUACAAAUAUUUUUAGUUUAACAGGAGAAGUGCGUGGAGUGAAUCAUGUAUAUUGCAAAUAUUUGAAUAACAACCCCUCAAUAACAGAUUAAUAUGUAUUUUCUAAAGGAAGUUGCUAAAUCUUUAAAUAAGAGGAAUUAUACAACUAAAAUCAAAUAGACCUAUAUGAAAUAGAUUGUCAUUCAAUAAAUUAUUUAUAAUGUGUUUACUUUAGUUCUUUGAAACAUAAAUGUAAGAUAAGAGGUAAGGAUUAUGAAUAUCCAUGUGUGAAUAUAGAUGAAUAUCCUGGUUAAUAAGUUGAUAAUGUUUAUAUUACUAGUUCUUAAUGUUAGGAAAAAGAGAAAUUUUAUAUUGAUACAAAUACAAAUUUAUGUAUUGAUACAUGUUUAGGGAAUGAAAGUUAUAAUUGCUCAAAUAUUUGUAGAAACUUAUGGGAUUAAGCCAUUUAAUCAUAAAUUGUAUGUGCUCCUCCUAAUUUAUGUGAUGAAAUAGGAAUAGGUAAAUAUGCUUGUAUGAUGUUAAAAAGUCAAUGUAAUUGGAAUACAGAAUUAAAGAGAUGUUAUACUUUAGAAGAUGAUUAAAUAUUAACUAUGAAAUGUGAAGAUGCAUUUAAUUUAUUUGUUUGUACAAAGGUAAGUUUAAGUGAUUAAUUAUGUUAUUGGUAAUAAAAUCCAGGGAAAUGUAUAAAUAUUUUAGAUUAACCUUUACUAAUUACUCAUGAUAUUUUUAUAGAUGAAAAUGAAGAAACAUUGUGUAAUAUUAAUUUAUGCAAACAUAAUGCUAUUGCAACUGAAUAUAAUGAAGAAAAAAGAACAUGUUCAUUUACAAAGGAAAAAUUUUCAAACAAUUUACAAUAGAUUAAUAAAUAUCAUUGCAUUAAGAAUAUUUCAGGAUAUUGUGCUUGGAAUUAAUAUUAAUAGAAUUGCAAUUGUUAUUCAGAAUCAGAAGUCAAGGAGAAGUAUUGUUAGGAUUUGAUAGAAGUAAAUGAAAAAUUGUGUUAAAAAGCUAAAUUAUCUAUUCCAUCACUAACUUGUGUUUAUAAUAAAGAUAUUAAUUCCUGUAUAGAAAAAGAUUCAGAAUAAGUGAGUAAUAUUGGAUGCUCUGGAAAUGGGUUAUCAGAAGAAGCAUGUGUUUAAAAGAAUGUUAAUGGAGAAUAUUGUUAAUAUUCUGCAGGAUUAUGUAGAUUAAUUUCUGUUGAAUAAAUAAAUUCAAUUCGUUGUACAUCACUUUAAAAGGUUAAUAAUCAAGUUUGCAAAAUGUAAUCCAUAUUUUAAGUUUUAUGUAUUUAUGAUAGUUCCACUCAUUCUUGUUAUUCUCCAACUUUCUAAAAUUCAUAUGAAUUUAAUUAGAAUAUCAAUAGAUAUGCAUGUUAAGCCUUAUUAACUAGCUAUGCAUAUUUUGAUGUAGAAUUUAAUAGAUGUGUAUAAUUUUAAUUUUCUGAUUAAUAAAUGCUCUCAACUUUAGAAUGUGAAACACAUUUUGUAAGUUAACUUACCUGCUAAAAUAUUACAAAAAAAGGAUAGAAUUGUUUUUGGGAUUCUAAUUUAAAUAGAUGCAGAAACUAUUCUGAAUAUUUUAAUAAUUGUGAUGAAUAUGCUAGUGCACCAAGUCGAGUAUGUAGAGCAUUAGUAGCAAAUAUGAAUAGACAAUUUAUGAAAGAAAAUUAUUGUUCUUAUUCAGAAAAUGCUUGUAAAAUUAAUACAACAGUUUUAGAGGAUUGUGGAGAAACAGAAUUAAUGAAUAUUCAUAGAUGUGGUGGAAUGACUGGUUUAGAUUCUUUAGGUACUCCAGUUAUAAUGUGUGCAUUUAUAAAUUAAUUAUGUAAGCCUUUAGUAGAAUCAACAAUGGAUGCUUACAUAUUAUUAAAUAAUAUAGAAUGUAAACAAGCCAAUUUAGCAGCUUGUUCUAAAGUAAAUACUCCUGGAUAAUUUUGUUAAGUAAUCAAUACAUCAGAUUCAUCAAAUAUUAUUAUUAAUAAAAAAUGCUCUACAGUCUAUUAACAAAUGGAUUGUUUUACAUUAUAAUUUAUGAGUGGAACAAAUCCUAAUAUUUGUGCAUUUGCUAAUGAUGAUUGCUUAUUUGAUCCAUCAAGUGGUUGUUAAUAUCCACUAGAUGAUAAUUAAGAAUGUGAUACUACUGGUUUAUCACUUACAUCUUGUAGAUCUAAGACUAGCAAUCGAAGAUGUGCUUUCAUCAAUUGGAAAUGUCAAUAUUUACCUGAAUAUUAAACUAUAUAAACAUGUUCAUUAUUAAAUGUUUUUAGUUGUCAAUCUAUGAGUCAUUGUAUAUUAAAUGUUGAUUAAAUAUGUGAAGAAAUUUAACCUGAUAAUCUACCAACUGAUAUUAACAGUCUAUAUUGUUCUGCUAUAUAAGAAAAAUCUUUUUAUAUAAAAUAAGAAUCUAUUUGUGAAAGAGUAGAUGAUGUUAAUCAAUAUGAUUUAUAUUUGUGUGAUUCUGAUGGAUUAAAUGGUUUUGGAUGUUUAAAUUUACCUAGUUAAUACUGUUAAUAUUUUAACAACAAAUGUUAAUUCUUUUAGAAUACUUUAUGUCAAGAUACUCCAUCUAAUUGUGAAAGUAAUAAUUCAAAUAAUUAAAAAUGUGUUUUAAAAGAAGGUUAAUGUUUUUCUAUGCCAAAUACCUCAUAUUAAUGUGAUAGUUUUGAAAAAACAAACUAUUUAUUUUGUUUGUAAUAUCCAGAUUGUAUAUAUUUUAAUUCGAAUUGUCAAUCAAUAGUGUAACCAUAAAGUGUUAAUGAAUGUUCAGAUUUACAUACAAUACAACUAUGUACAGCUUAAAAUAAAUAGCACAAAUGUUCAUAUGAUUCAGAUAAUAAUGUUUGUAAUAAUAUGGAUUCUGAAUAGUCUUAUUGUCCAUCAUUAAAUGGAUAUUAUUCAUAUUAAGUCUGUUAUAAUUUCUAAAAUUGUAUUCAUGGAUACACAAAAAGUGGUAGGGGAUUUUGUUAUGAAAAUAAUGAUUUUACUGGACUCACUUGUGAUUAAUUACCAGAAGAACUUUGUACAGAAAAUCUAAGUCACUUAAAUUCUAAUCUUAAAUGCUAUUGGAAUGGAUCAUGUAUUAAUGUUGAUGAUACUAUAACAUAAUGUUCAUAAUUAAUAACAUUUAAAUUAAAUUAUGAUGCUUGCUUAUAAAUAAGUAACGAUGAAUGCAUAUAUUCUUAUGAUGAUCAAAAAUGCAAAUUUUUAGCUGAAUAUUCAGGAUCUGUUUGUGAAGGCACAACAUUUAAAGAUUGUAACAAAAUAUAAGAGACUUGUUACUUUGAUGGAAUAUCAUGUUUAGCAUCAGGUACUUCAAUUAAUAAAUAUGGAUGUCUCUAAUAAUCAGGAUUAUGGAAAUACAACAUUAAUUCUUGUUAAGAAUUAUAGCCAACAGAUUAUUAAAUAAGUUGUGUAAAUUUAUCAAAAGAUGCAUGUUUGUAAGAUCUAACUAAAGAAAUUCAUUGUAAAUGGAGUAAUUUUUAAUGUUCUCAUGUUCUUGAAUUUGAAAACAAAUAAAUAAGAUCUUGUGAUAAUUUAAAUUAAAGAGCAUGUGGAAAUGUUAGAUUAUCUAAUUUAUAAUGUUAAUGGGAUUCUAUUAAUAAAAUAUGUUAUUAAACUGAUUUGGGAUCAUCUGAUUGUUCUAUAACAAAUGGUAUUGAUUUACCUUCAUUAAGUUUGUGUUCAGGACAAACUGGUAAAAACUGUUGUUUAAAUUAGUUUAAAAAUGGAUGUGCAGAAAUAUCAAAUGUAGUAGAAUUAAGUAGCUGUAAUUAAUAUGGGCUUAAUUAAGAUUCAUGUAUCAACUUAACUAAAAUACCAUGUAUUUGGUAAGUUAAUGAAAAUGGUGAUGGAUAUUGUGAAAAUGCAAACUUAUAUUUAAUUAAUUGUUCAGAUAUUUUAAAUGCUUCUGCUUGUUUGUAAGUUAAAACAUUAAAUUAAUUUUGUUAAUGGGAUUAAGAUACAAAAACUUGUUCUGAAAAAUCUCUUUCUGAUUGCAAUUCUGCAAGCAAUCUUAAUGGUAGUUUAGGUUGUAAGGCUAUAGAAGAAGAUCCAUGUUAUUUUGAUUAACUUACAUAAACUUGUUCAAAAUUAGAUGUAAUCCCAACAACAUGUGAAGAUUAUUUUAAUAAAAAAGCUUGUUAAUUAUCCUUAGCUAUAUGUACAUGGGAUUAAAAUACUUGUAAAAGAAAAGUUUAAAUUGAAUGUACAAAAUUUUUGAAUUAAUCCUCUUGUCUGAGAAGUAAUGAAAUUAGUUGUUAAUGGAUUAAUAAUUCAUGUUAAGAUUUUAAACAAUUAGUGGAUAAACUCUUUUGUAAAGAUUUACCUACUAAUAUUAAUUCUCCAGCUUGUUAUUCUAAUGCUAAAGAUCCCUGUUAUUUUAAUCUUUAUUCUGGAAAGUGUUCCCCUUCUUAAGGAGUGAAGAAUCAUUUACUGGAUUAUGAAUUGAUCUCUGACUUAAUUGAUAAAUAAACUUCAGAAUAUCAAUCACCACUUCUUACAAGUCUAUGUGAAGAAUUGUUAACCAAAGAAGAUUGCACUAACUCUCGUAAAUAAAAUUAAGCAUGUAUCUGGACUAAUAGUUGUAAAACACUCAAUUCAUUUGAUACUUAAUAAUGUACUGACACUCUCAAUAUCUGGGGUUGUUUAGGUAUUAAAACUCCAAAUUAAUAUUGUAUUUGGAAAGGUAAAUGUAUGAUAUGGAUAUCUGAUUAUAAUGUGUUGACUAAUGUUAACAUCAAUGUUUGUAUUUCAUAUAGUGAAUAGAGUAUUUAUCUAUAGAAUUCAUGUGUUAAAGUUAAUUUAGAGACUAUACGUUGUAAUUCUUAAGGUAUAAGUAAAUAAACCUGUCUCUCCAUUCCAAAUUAAGGAUGCUAUUGGAAUACAACAACUAAUUCUUGUGCUGAAUACUCAAUAACAAAUCAAAAGAAAUGCUCUGAUUUUAAUGAAGUCUCUCCUUUUGUUUGUUAAAUUCAAACUCUAUUUGCUUGUACUUAUGAUUACACCACAAGAAAUUGCAAAGAUUCAAGUAAAAAUAGUUUAGAAGUUGGUAUUUCAAAAUUGGCAUGUCUAUAAAAUAAUGAAAUUAAUACUUUUUGGAAUAAGACCAAAUGUGAGAAAUUGGAAACUAGAAUAAAUUGUGAUUCUUAGUUAUAGGUAAAUUCUAUGGCUUGUUAAAAUAUAAUUGACAAAGCUUGUAUUUAUAAUAUCAAAACUAAUUAAUGUACAAGUAAAUUUAAUAUAUAUACAUUGAAUUGUAAUACAAUUGGGUUAAAUUUGUUAGGAUGCACAUAAGUUACAUCUGAACCUUGUAUUUUCAAAGAAAACAAAUGUUAAUCUUUUAAAGAUUCAACAUCUCCUUGUAUGACUAUUUCAUAAGUCAAUGCUAAAGCUUGUUCAUCUUUAGAGAAUCAGAAUUGUAUGUAUGAUGCUAUUAAUAAAAAAUGUCAAAGUCCUUUACUUACUGUAGAUUUAUGUAAUAUUGAAGGAAUAAAUAAGAAUAUCUGUAUUAAUAAUACUUUGUGUCAAUGGAAUUCUGAUAAUCUUAAUUGUAAAUGUAAAUCUGAUCAAGAACCAGAAUUUUGUUAAAUAGAAAGUCCAAAAGACUGUGGUAAUAAUCCUAAUUGUGCUUAUUCAAAUAACUAAUGUAUGAAGAAACAAUGUUAUCAUCUAAAUAAAGAUUAAUGUAAAGGUAUAUUAGAUGGUAAGACUUGUUAUUAAAAUAAUUCUAAUGGAUGUUCUCCUGCUAAAAAAUGUGAAGAUAUUAUUGAUUCAAAUCAACCUUGCUAAUCUAUUUUUAUUAAUUAAGUUCCUUGUAUUUAAGGACAUGAAUAAUGUAUAUCUUCUAAUAAUUUUGAUUUGUUCUGUCCUUAUUCUGAUUGUUCAAAUUCUAACUGCUUUUAUGAAUCUGGAAUUUGCAGAAAGAAGACUUGCACAGAUAUUAAAGCUGAUGAAUGCUUUUAGACAGAAGGAUGCUUUUUAGAUAAUAAUAAGUUGUGUUAAUAAUUAUCAUCAUGUUCAUAUAUUUCACAUGAGGUUUUUGGAGAUUAAGCUUUAAGUGUUUGUAAUUAGUUGACCUUUAAUGGAUUUAAAUGUAAUUGGUAAAAGUUUGCAUUAUUAGAUGAAACAGAAAUAUGUACAAAUUAACCAUGCGAGUAAUAUUUAAUUUUUAUAUUUUAGAUUAUAUGGACCUUCAACCACUUUAUGUCAAGGUAAUGAAAUGAAUGGUUAUUCUUGUGUUUUAUCUAGUGAAUUAAUUUGUAGAUAAUGUGAACAAAUAACUGAAAAAUGCUUUUGUAAUAAAUAAGUUAAUGUUUGUACUUACAUUAAUGGAAGAUGUUAAUCAAUUUUAUGUUCUUCAUUUUUAACUAAGGAAUAAUGUUCAUAAGUUCCAGACCGUUGCUAUUGGAGUAAUUAAAUUAAAGAAAAUAAUGAAAUCUCAGAAGGAUGUGUUAAGGAAUGUGUCAAAAUUAUUGAAGCAGAUGAAUGUAACAGUAGAAUAGAUGAAUGUUAUUAUGAAUCAUUAAUUGGCUAAUGCAAAAAAGGCAAAAAAUAGAUACCUGAUCUUAGUGUUGACAUAACCAUAGAAUAGUUCUUUAGUCCAAUUCUAUCAUUAGUAUACCUUAUGAUUAUUAUUGCAUAAUGA